AUGCAUCUACUUACAGGGUCUGGGUUUGCAUCCAAACAAAGCUUUGGUUCUGGAUUCUUUCAUUUGAGGAUUAAACUACCAAACAAGAACUCUGCAGGAGUUGUCACUGCUUUCUAUCUAUCUUCACAGGGUAACAAUCACGACGAACUCGACUUUGAAUUCUUGGGGAAUGGAGAAGGAAAACCAAUCACUCUGCAGACCAAUGUAUUUGCUAAUGGUGAAGGAAAUAGAGAGCAGAGACUCACUCUCUGGUUUGACCCAACUUCAGAUUUUCACACCUACAAAAUCCUUUGGAACCAACAUCAAAUUGUAUUUUAUGUGGACAACAUUCCUAUAAGAGUGUACAAGAACAACAGGAACAUUGGAGUAAGUUACCCAUCACAGCCAAUGCAAAUACAAGCAAGUUUGUGGGAUGGAGAUAGUUGGGCAACAGAUGGAGGGCAGACCAAGAUUGAUUGGAGCAAUGCACCAUUUAAGGCUCAUUUUGAAGGGUUUGACAUUGGUGGCUGCAGCAGCUCAAAUGGUAACAUUGAUCAGGAUUGCUAUGACUCUAAGUAUUGGUGGAAUGCUAAGAAAUUCUGGAAACUGGACUCUGCACAACAGAGAGCAUAUGAGAAUGUGAGAAGGCAGUAUAUGAACUAUGACUAUUGUGCUGAUAGGCCUAGAUAUCCUACUCCUCCCCCAGAGUGCCUUAAUCUAUAGAUUUUAUGAUAAGCUA